GUUUCAUUUUCGAUUUCUCUCCCAAAAUCCAAAAACACAAAUAUGAUUAUUGCUUCAGUUCGAGACCUCUGCCUGCAAUUGAUUUCUUCUGCAUUUCAACGAUGCCAUGCGUCGGAGGACCUUUGCAGGCUCUCCGUCAUUCUCAAGCGCUCUCCACAGUCCGAUCCCCACUCUGUUCUAAUUUCAGUUUCCGAUACGGGUGUGGGAAGCUGCUUGGAGGAGUUUGGAGGUGUAAAGCUUCGUAAGGAGGCUUUUGGCGCGCAGAUUUGGGAUGGAUUGCUUUUUGUUACAGCCACCAGUAUUGAUUAUGAUGAAAUAUAUCACUACCAGUUCAAUCUAAAAGAAAAUGUGUCUGCCAGGAGGUUGACGAGGCUACCUUCAAAUCCUAAGAAUGGACUCAAAUUCAGUGGGACAGAAGUAUGUCUAUCAAUUAUCGAAAGCAUUGAUGUUUUGGUGGCAGAGUUUAGUCGCUUCUUUCAAAAGAUCCUCAUUCUAAAGAUCCCUAAUGUUGCAAUUGAAUUGGUGGUUGAACAUGGGGAUGAUCCUGGAUCCAGAUACGUAAAUGUUUUUCUAGCGAAUGAAUGGAAUCCUUUGCCUAUUUCAGCCUCAAAUCUUGAACGUUUAAAGUCGGGGCUUGAAGAUUAUGUUUUUAAACAUGGGAAUACAUUAAGCACAAAAUGUGAGUUGUGCUUCUCAAGUUGGGAGCAUCUCAAGGUUGGUAGUGGAGUAGCAUGUUGCACAGAAAGCCACAAGUAUUCUGGAUCAGUAAUGGAAGCAGUGAUUGUAAUAAGUGAAAUAUCAGAGGUAGCCAGUACUUGCCUGAGGACACAUGGUUUGAAAACAGAGGUUUUGUAUUUUAAAGAUUUCUCACCUUGCCCAAUCCCUCAAUCCUCUUUGAAGGCAUUAACUAGCAUUGACUGGAAAAGUUAUGGCUUGAGCUUUGGGAGUGUUGUGGUUCAGGGUGGCUUUGCAUUAGUGGAAUGGGAGAACUUGCCCCCGUAUGUUCAAAUUGAUAUUGUCCUGCACCACUACCAUGAACAGAUUACAAUACCAUCAGGAAGGCUAAAGACACGACGUGAUCAGAAUCUUAUUAAAAAAGCAAUUAGACUGGCAUUGGAUGAUUUGAAGGACAAUUUUGCUGGAGUUCUUCUGAGUGCCCAAGCCCUGAAGAUUGGCAGUUAUGCCCCCGAUCUUGCAAAAACAAUUUCUAGCUUAAUCUUGUCUUCCAACGACUCGGAAUUCCGAAAAGAAUGCUUUUCUUUUCUUGGCUUGCCAUCUCAAGGAAUUGGAGGGGAAGUUGUUGAAGAUUGUAUAAAGGAAAGGCUCAUUACAGUUGUAGAAAUGAAUGAUAGAGAUCCCCAGAGAAGCAAAGAAAUCCCAACUUUUCUUUUUGAAGAUGAUCACAUGCAAGACUCGGGAUCUCAAGAUGAGGAAUUUGAAGUAGAGGGUGCUUUUAGCUCUAUGGAUAUAUGUUAAAACGCAACACGGUAUGAUUUACCAGUUGAGGUGAUUUGUUCAUAUGAUUAUGCUAAAUCAUGUGCCAUUGUCGUUUUACACAAAUGACCAUAAGUAACAAUCGUUUAAUGCAUUGAUCACACGAUUUGGUCGCGUGAUUAAUUGUCCUUAAGGCCAUCUUAAUUUCAUCAGUUGUGGUGUUGUUUUUUUGUGACCUGUCACCUGUGGCUGUACUUGAUUUUGAAGUCUCUGCAAGGCUAGGCUAUGGGCCGUUUUUGACGUAAACAUGAGGAUGAUGUGAGAGCUUGCACUACAGUGAUUCUUCUGUGCGGCUGUCAUAUAUGGCAUCACACUCACGAGGAUGGGACCAAAAUACACGGUCCAGUCUUCGUGAGAGUGAUCGCACAACUAUGGAGUCUGAAAAACCAUUUAGAAAAUCUACAGCUGAGCAAAAAUCCAAUGUAUGUCGAUUUAUCUGAUGGCCUUGGCACCUCGGUCCAGACCCGUCAUAAGACUGCCACGUGUGUGGGAGGAGGGUUUUCAGCCAUACAGAAUGGUUGGAAGCCACUGCCAAUUGGAUGAAUUGGGCUGGGAUUAUUAAUCGAGUCCGAGUUUCAGUCUGAGUUUUGAACCGUGUUGAAUUUCAGUUUUAUGUCAAAUGGCGU